UCUUGCGUAAUGAAUGUCUGGGUAAAUACGUUACGUCAUGGCAUUUGAGAGAUAACCUAAAUAAAACACCCAAAUAAAAUUUUAUAGUUUCAAGUAUGUCUUGUAGUUAAUACCAGUACAGUGGAUUGUACGUCAUGUAACAUUAGGAAUAUGGUAAAGUUAAUAACAUUCGGAAAGAAUUACUUGCAUAUAUUUUGUUAUAACAAUUUCAGCAAACACGCCAAAUUUAUUUCACACAAAUCGGGCGUGGCUGCUGAAAAAAUGUACACCGGUUUAAACGGAAUGAAAACUCUUUCGAGGAAGAUGUUCGAGAAAGCUGUAGAGUCGGUUCAGCCUCAUAACAUCAUAAGAGAGAAUGUGAAACUGGGCGAUACUAAGUUGUUUGUUCAAAACGAAACAUACGUCGUAAACGAGAACUGUUAUAUAGUAGGUUUUGGGAAAGCUGUGUUGGGUAUGGCUGUAGAAAUUGAAAACAUUUUGGGGAAACAUUUAGUUACUGGGAUUGUAAGUGUACCAUUUGGAAUUUUGGACACAUUCAAGAACAUGCCACAUAUGCUUCCAAUGCAAAACACGAAACUACAAGUAGUGGAAGGAGCAGAAAAUAAUUUACCGGAUGAGAAUGCAUUAGCAGCCUCCAGAAAAAUAGAAGCACUAGUGAGAAGCCUAAAUGAAAGUUCUUUACUUAUUGUUCUGAUCUCAGGUGGUGGUUCAGCACUUCUACCAGCUCCAAUUCCACCAAUAACUUUAGGUGAAAAGAUAGAGACCAUAAAACUCUUGAGCUCUGCUGGUGCAAAUAUUAUGGAACUAAACUGUAUCAGAAAAAGGCUUUCUUACUUGAAGGGUGGAGGCCUUGCUAAAUUGGCUUACCCAGCACAGAUUAUUUCACUUAUUUUGUCAGAUGUUGUGGAGGACAAUUUAGGCUACAUUGCAAGUGGUCCAACAGUACCAAAUACAGAUGGAAUCAAUGAUGCUUUGAAUAUAAUAAAGAAAUAUGACUUGCUUGACAGGAUUCCAUUGUCAGUCUCUACAGUACUGUGUAAUACAGCAUCUCAUGUACUUGACUGUUUCCCACACACACAAAACUUAAUAAUUGGAAACAACUCUAUAGCUCUGUACAGUGCAGCCACAGAAGCAAGUGUUAAUGGCUACCAUCCAGUUAUUUUGACCAGAAGUAUUUUUCAUAGUGUGCAAGAAGUCUGCAGAGCUUACAUAUUACUAGUUACAAAUAUAUGCAAAUUUUUGAGUGGACAGAUAUCAGAGAAAAAGUUCUUAAACACAUUUGCUACAGUUACCUACAACAUACCUCUGGAGACAGAUUUGCAAGAGAAAUUGCUUCAAGGGCUAUACAAUUUUGGUAAGACUAACGGAUUGUGUUUGUUGGCUGGUGGGGAGACAACAGUCCAGGUGAAAGGAAAAGGAAAAGGUGGCCGUAAUCAAGAAUUAGCACUACUUUUCUCACUGAGUUUACAGGAUGCCCUUAAGGACGAACCUGAUCUAAAUAAAUAUGAUAUUUUGCUUCUAAGUGCUGGUACAGAUGGUAUAGAUGGUCCAACUGAAGCAGCAGGUGCAAUUGGAUACAACCAGCAAGUUGAAAUUGCUGAAAAAUGCAAUUUGAAAAUUACAGAAUAUCUCAAAAAUAACGAUUCUCACAAUUUUUACCUAAAGUUGGACAUUUCUGAUGACUUAAUAAUUACAGGACAUACAGGAACAAAUGUAAUGGAUGUGCAUAUUAUAAUCAUAAAGGCUGCAAAAGUAUGUAAACGUUGUAAAAUGUCAGAAAAGUUUUGAAUAUGUAAAUCAUAAACACAGUAAAUAGUCAUUGUCACCAAAAAUUGAGAUCUGUCUUACACUUUUAUUAUUGGUUUACGUUUUUAAUAAAUGUGAUGAGCUGUGUACCUAGUUGUCAUUAAAAUCAUUCAUUUGUACAGCCAUCUGUAUUGGACACAAAUUACUAUUUUCUGUUGUGAUUUUUUUUCUCCUGGAUGUAUCUAAAACAAGGUAUACUUUUGCACCAGAACUGUUAUUUAAAAAUUGUAAAACCCAACAGGAAUUCAGAAAAAUCUUUGGAAGAACACAGACUAUAUAAUUGCUCUUUGUGUCCAUAAUCCACACCAGUGUCUGUUCAUUUUAAAUGUUUUGUGUGCAUGAAUUGCACAGCUAUUGGUAUACUGCUUUACUCCUUGCUCCACAUUUUCAAUGUGAUAAGUUAAUUAUCUGAGUUCUAUUUAGUUGAAAUAUUACAGAAUUGUACUAUGUCAAUUUAAAGAGCUCUGUCCACUUGUGCAGUUAUUUGGUAGUACCAUAGAAGUGUCUGUAUAUGUUUUAAGAACAGUAGGCCAGCACACAUUCAUGUUUAACACUUCUCUCUCUCUCUCUCUCUUUUCAUUGUAACAAUAGAAAUACGUCUAUGGAUAGAAAUGCGUCUAAUUUAUAAUAUUUGUGUGUGUAACAGAUGAGUGCCACCCAUGUCAUCAUACAAAAUCUUGUCAGACUAAAGAAGGUUUCUCAUGCUAAAACUGGUGUCAUCCAGUUAUGUUGUCUUAUACUGUUGCUAACUUAUAAUACUGUGGUAAAUGUUUGCCUGCCUGGAUCUUUGUGAAAUGUUGAAACAAAAUUUUCAGGAAGUGGGAGAAUUUGUUUUAAAAUUAUAAGAAAUUACAUGAAAUAAUUUCCUUUUUCAGAAUGCUUAUUAAUUCCAGACAUACCAAACAAUAACACAUAGUGACUAUGUAAACACACAUGAAAAAUAAUUGUCACAAAUAUACACAUUCUGUAUGGUGGUAGUGAAAUAAACACAGCCUAUGUUGGGGAAAAAGGAAAACAUGUUUAGAAGAUUUAAAGUAACAACAUGCAAUGAUGGUAAUAUUUUCAAUAGUAGCACAGCGCAAGAACAGGUAGUAAGAAUACUUUAUGUUGCAAACAGUCUCUGUUGCACAUUACAACUGUAAUGAAUACUACAUACUAUAAGGUGCAGCUAAUUAUUAGAAGCAUUUACGCACUUAUUCCGUGGAUUCUUUUAUGCAUGUUAGGUAUCAGGAUGUGGAAUGAGUCAGAAAAUGAAUAAAUAUAAACAUGCAACAAGAGCUGUCAGGGAGAAUACAAUUAAUUUACAAAAAUGUUGAAAGAGAAAGUAAUAAAAUAAAACUAGGACACAAGCAGAAGCAAAGUGAAACAAAAGGCAUGGAAAUCGGCAUAGUACAAGGAUUGCGAUAUGUUUUGCAACAAUAUAUAACAAAUAACAAUCAAAAUAUGUGCAAACAAAACACUCUACAUAUGUAUGUUAAAAAUUCGUCUAGUGAAUAAAUUGUUUUAUCAAAUAA